AUGUUCUACUUCCACUGCCCCCCGCAGCUAGAGGGCGCGGCCCCCUUCGGAGGUCACUCCGCCGGCGACUUCGACGACGGGUUCCUGCGAAGGAAGCAGCGCCGCAACCGCACCACCUUCACCCUGCAGCAGCUCGAGGCACUGGAAGCCGUUUUUGCUCAAACCCACUACCCCGAUGUGUUCACCAGGGAAGAGCUGGCUAUGAAAAUCAACCUCACGGAAGCCAGGGUGCAGGUGUGGUUCCAAAACCGAAGAGCUAAAUGGAGGAAAACAGAGAGGGGUGCUUCCGACCAAGAGGGCUCUAAGGAAACCAUGGCUGAGGUGGCACCUCCUGUGAGGAAUUUAAAUUCCCCUUCUCCAGCAGAUCAAACCAGGAAUAAAAAAGAGAGUCUGGAGAUCCAGCAGAGCCUGAGUCGAGCAGUGGGUCCUACAGGACCUUUCUUCCCUUCCUGUCUGCCGGGGACUCUUCUCAACACAGCCACCUACGCACAAGCUUUAUCCCAUGUCGCCUCUCUAAAAGGGAGCCCGCUGUGCUCGUGCUGCGUUCCAGACCCCAUGGGCCUCUCCUUCCUGCCCACCUACGGCUGCCAGAGCAACCGCACUGCCAGCGUGGCCGCGCUGCGCAUGAAGGCCCGGGAGCACUCGGAGGCUGUGCUCCAGUCUGCCAACCUCCUGCCCGCCACCAGCAGCAGUCCCACUCCUCCUGCCAAACCCGGCCCCGAGGGCAGCCAGGACAAGCAGCCCUCUCCAGCCAAGGAGCACAUGGAAGGGGAGAAGAGCGUAUGA